AGCUCGCGCGGGAACGUCGUUUUCGGGGAAAAAACAAUUUUCUGACUUAUUGAAUGACGGCAAUGGCAAUUUGAAAAAAUCAAGUGUUUGAAAAAUAUUGUGCAUUUGAAAACAUAAUAAGUGGAUAUCGUUGUGUUGAAAAGGAGUGAGGUAGUGAAGCGUUCAUAUAAAAAAUAGCCCAAAUGUACACCAAAAUGGCUAGUUUCGAUUCGGAUGGUGAGAUAUGCCAACCAGUUUGUGAUACAGAACCAUAUUAUGACUCAGCGAAUCACUACUACACCCAGUUGUAUCCGGCGGAUUCACAGAAUGCAGGAGGAGCGCACGUGAUUCCGCUGGAAGAGGAAGGCUAUUGGGGAUCGCCGUGUAGUUCGAGCGAGUCACAGGACAACCGGGGCGAGUAUUCUCCGGAUGGAGAGCAGAAUAUCCUGAGCCAUCCGGAAGGUUCGUCUCCGUAUCAGCAGGGCUAUCAUCAUGGAGCAAAUCACCAGGGUCAGCAAGUGUACUGUCCCGUCGGGUACGAGAAAACGAGCUACAUCUGCGACGAGGGCUAUUACGGCGCCACAACCACAACAGGACUCUCGGGAGCAGCGUCCUCCGCGUCCAUCAACACAUCCAGCUCCGGCGGCAUCGCGUUGGUCACGUCCGGAAGCGGCGGUCAACCUGUCGUGCGGGUCGUCAAGCGACGCAACACGGCCAACAAGAAGGAACGCCGUCGCACCCAGAGCAUCAACUCGGCGUAUACAUCUCUGCGCGAUCGGAUCCCGAACGUCCCCAACGAUACCAAGCUGUCGAAGAUUAAGACGCUCCGGUUAGCGAUCUCGUACAUUGCCCAUCUACUGGCGGUCGUCAACGGCAGCCAAGAUCCGUCCUGUGACUUCCGAGCGGAACUGGUUCCGUCGUCGCGGAAGAUCAACGCCGAACGGAGGGCCCAGAAAAAUAUGCUGCAAAAUCUGGCAAACGAAGGCAAGAAAAUCAAGGGCCGAACCGGAUGGCCGCAGCACGUGUGGGCCCUGGAAACCAAAACCACCAUAAAAUAAGUCUACCGGACGAUUAGACGUUCUAAAUAUCAUACUAAAUUUAUUAUUAUAAAAACUGUUCACGUGUGAUACGCUUCCGAACUAAAUGAGUCAUCAAGUCUGUAAAUAGUUUAUUUUCUCUUAAGAUACGUUCUCAGAAAAAAAAUAAUGGUAAUAAAUUUGUUCAAAGUGUUCAA